UGCGCACUGCACUGGAGAGCGGUUCCAAAAUGGCGUCUCUGUACAAGGUUGCGAGCUGCGCUAGACACAGAGGAGCACGUUUAUUAACGAAGCCUGAGGGUUAUCCACCGGGCAGAUGGUACAGCAGUGGCGGCGAUGAAGGGGUUUCUACGGGCGGAGGAGAGGAGAAGCAGAAAAGCGGCUUUGCGCUUGCUUAUGAGCUUCACUCCGAGCUGAAACAGCAGCAGGGCACCAAGAGCUACAAGGAGGACAAGGCUCGUAGGCGUUCCUCUGACGACACUCAGUCUUUUGCAUCGCUGUUGCGUCACUCGCCGCUGAUCCAGAUGGGUCCGGCCAAGGACAAAAUCGUCAUCGGGAAAGUUUUCCAUGUUGUCCAGGACGAUCUGUACAUCGAUUUUGGUGGAAAGUUCCACUGCGUGUGCCAGCGGCCCAAGACCGACAGCGAUAAAUAUCGACAGGGCAGCCUCGUCCGGCUCAGACUGCAGGACCUCGAGCUGACCUCACGAUUCCUGGGCGCAAACACGGACACCACGCUGCUCGAAGCUGACGGAACUCUCCUCGGACUGAUCGAGGGCAAAGAGGCCAAAGAGAAGGAAUAAAGAAACUACCGAUCAGCAGAGACUGUUAAAUGACUGCAUCAUUGUCGUGUGAACAGAGAUGAAUAAAUAGGUUGUGUUUUUGAAUGGCUUGGGAAAAUUUUUUUCUUAAGUUUAUUUUUGAUUUGUACAGCAAAUGUUACUUAAACAAAUUAAUAAAAAUAAAAAGUUAUUAAUGCCA